CGAAUAUGUGAUAUAACCGUUUAAUAACCUACUUUACACAACACUGUUAUUGAAAAUAAAACAUGUCGUAGUUUAUAAUAAUAAAGUUUCGUUCAUUUUGGAGAAGGACAUGAUAUAAACACAUGGGGCAGAAGGGAAGCAGCAUCUUGAAUAAGAGUGGAAACAAAGGACCUUCAGUUAAUCCACAGAGUGGCCAGUAUGAAUGGUUUAAAUUUCUUUGUGACAGUUCAGAAGAGAAUAUUUUUCUAUUUCUCAAAGAAAACUCUUCGGUAGUAAACACCCCUAUGAGAUUUAAUGUGUAUAAAGACUUAUCAUCUGGUGAAAUGUGUUCCUGUGCGUUUUACUUGGAGCAAGGAUUACUUCCGGAGUCGAUGGGUUCCACGUCAGCUAUUAGGGUUCUAGGAAAGUGUAUUAUGCGUGGCAUGUGUCCUCAUGUUAUAAUGGAUUUGUGUGGUGAAACCGACAUUUUGAAAAUCCCAUCAUUAACAGAAAAGAUUUUUGAACAAUAUGUCAAAAUAAAAGGCCCAUUAGAAGAACGAUCUUAUGGUGGCCUUUAUCUCAUACAUAUACUUGUUAUUAUUGGCAAAACAGAAAAAAUGUAUGAAAUGUUGUCAUAUUUUAAGCCACUGACAUGUUCUGGGGGCUCUAUGGAGUUAAUUUUGAUAACAGAUAUUCAUUAUUUUACCCCAUGUUAUUUGACACUUGUACAUAACCAAACUAAAUGUCUUUUUGAUCUCCUACAGUAUAACGAGAAGAUGAUUGAAUAUUGGCACUAUGAGAAAACAACAAAUACUGAACAUGAUAAACAAUGUACAUUACUGGUGUCGUGUGUUAAAAUGGACAGACAUGACAUCUUAGAUAUGUUAUUAUCAAGAUUUGAGCGAAAUCCGUCUUUUCACACAAGAUAUCUUGAACGCAUUUAUUCGACAGAGAAAAACACAGCAUUGGAGUAUGCAGUUGAACAACGAAAAAUUGAAAGUAUGAGAAUUCUUAACAAAUAUGACACAACAGUUGAUACACAAAGACAAAAUAUACUGACAGCGGCUGAUCUAUGUGUUAUCAAUAAUGAUAUGGAAUGGAUGCGUGCAUUUCUUGAGUUAAAGAGUAAAAAGGAGUUAGAAGUAUGUCCUAUCUUUAACUUAAUCGCAAAAGGUUCUCUUGAAAUGUUAACACUUAUUCUACAAACUCUUCAAAAUAAGAACACAUUUUUCGGAAGAAUCAGUUCUGAAGAGAUAAAUGUUGCUGGAAGGAAAGGAAAUGGCUUUUUAGUGGAUUCAUUGUUUCUUCAUGAUGCACAGAAAGUUAAGACACUGUUAGACUAUGGUUUCAACAGUAAUACAUUCUAUAAUGGAUUCAGUUUAAUGUGCUGGGCUCAAAUUUUGGGUCUGGAUAACAUAUGUCACCUUUUAUUGGCCAAAAAUGGUAAAUGUUUUCGAAAUGAACAUUCUCAAGAUUGUUGUUUGUUUUUUGGUGUUAUUUCACAUCCUUUAAAUACAUUAGUUCAUGUUGUCUCUUUGGUUGAAAAAGAUUGUGAUGUUGAUUACUACAGCUUGAAAUGUACAUUUCCUUUAAUGAUGGCUAUUCGUUACAAGAGAUUUGAUGUGUUCGAGUUCUUACUCAGACAUGGUGCAGUGAGUAACAAUCCAAAUCUUUUCACCGAGAAUCAAUUGCCUUUAUUGAUUCUAUUGAAAUUUAUAGUAAUACUCAUUAAAGAGAAUGGAGAAUUAGAUUUAGAGGGAAAUUUAUCACUUUUAAAGUCAAGAAAUGAAUGUAAUGGAUAUAGACAACUACUUAGGAUGGUACUGCGGACUACAUGCACCGUUUCCUGUGAGACAUUAAAGGAAUUAUCAACCAAUUGUAAAGAUAAAAAACUUAUUGAAAUUAUUUAUGAGAAAGUUCUUCCACCAAAACUAAUGCAAGCUUGUAGAAACACUUUGCGUCAACACUAUGGACAAUUCUUGUGGAAAUACAUUGAAUAUAUAGAGAAUACUUUUCCCAAAGGACUAGUGAGAUAUUUACAGUGUUUAGAUGUCAUAGAGGAUUUUUAUGAAGAAAACGAAGAUACAGUAGGAAAGAUUGAAUAGUAUUAUGACAUGUUUUCUUAAAAUAAAUCAUUACUACUUGGAAAUCAAUUGCUCUCCUCGUUUAUCAGACAUAUUAGUUGCAAGUACAGAAAUCUACAUCUUAAAAUCAAAAGUAACUCUCAUUUUUUUUUCCAAAUCCCAAUUUUGUGAUACACUUCAUUAAUUUUACAAAUGUUUAUUUUUGUGAAUCAGUUGCAUUAUACGAUUAGAUGAAUGGAAAGCGUAUCAUUUAAGGAAUAAUAAAGGCAACAGUAGUAUACCGCUGUUCAAAACUCGUAAAUCAAUG